CUUCUCUAUUUCAUCACCAUCAUUAAUAUCUCAACCAUUCUCUCUCUUUUACUAAUACAGCUUCCAUCAUCAUCCAUCACCAUACAUAACUUAGAAUUUUGAUAUAGAGAAAAUGAGCAAAACGGAGGCGAUAAGUUUGACCAAAAGAGGAAUGUUGCCGCCAAGUAGUUGCAAUCGCCUAAUGGACCGCUCUGAGUCUCUCAAGAGGGACAGUGUGAUGAGCAAUGUUGCGGCCAAAACGAAGGGAAGCUUAGAGCGCAAGAAAUCAAAGAGUUUUAAGGAAGGGGAGAGCUAUUCUUCCUGGCUCAUAACGGAGGCUCCUGGAAGUAUAGCCGCCGGGAGGAGGGAGCAAGUGGCUGCACAACAAGCCCUAAGGAAACUAAAGAUUGAUCAUUACGGCAGAUCCAAAUCAACCAUUAAUUUCACUUCUUCCAAAGUCGUCCCUCUUGUUCACCCUAACCCUAACCCUCACCCUCAGAGGUGCAGCUUCCUCACCCCCACUUCUGAUCCUAUUUACGUGGCCUACCAUGAUGAAGAAUGGGGAGUCCCAGUUCAUGAUGACAAGAUGUUGUUCGAACUGCUGACACUUAGCGGCGCACAAGUAGGCUCCGACUGGACUUCAACCUUGAGAAAACGCCAAGACUACAGGAAGGCGUUUAUGGAGUUUGAGGCGGAAGAGGUAGCCAAACUCACCGAGAAAGAGAUGAAUGCAAUAAGCAUCGAAUACAAGAUAGAGCUGAGCAAAGUGAGAGGUGUCGUGGAGAACGCUACAAAGAUCGUUGAGAUCAAGAAAGCGUUCGGGUCACUGGAGAAAUACCUUUGGGGUUUUGUGAACCACAAGCCUAUCUCCACGAACUACAAGAUUGGACACAAGGUUCCGGUCAAGACAUCCAAGUCUGAGAGCAUCAGUAAAGACAUGGUUCGUAGAGGGUUCCGGUUCGUUGGUCCGACGGUGGUUCACUCAUUCAUGCAAGCCGCUGGUCUUACUAACGACCACUUGCUCACUUGCUGUCGCCACACCCCUUGCACCCUCCUUGCAAACAAUCCCUAAUUAUUAUUUUUUUUGGUUUAAUUGAAAGUGUUGUUUUUUAAUUUUAACUUUCGAGUGCAAAUUUUAGGUGUAGGAAAAAAAAAGAGAAUGCGGUUUUUUUUAUAUUUUAAUUUGGCGAUGUAAGAUAAGGCAGCUGGUUUCAUUUUUUUCUUCUUCUUCUUCUUUUGAGUGUGAGAGAGGUUAUUUUAAAAUCACAUGUAUAAGGGUUUUUGAUGUAUGUGUGGUGUGACAAAUUGAAAUAGUAAAUUGAUUUUAUGGAUAUUA